GCCCCGCCCGCGCGCCCGGACGCCGGACGCUACAAAACGAGCCCCGCGGCGGCUCCGCGCAGAGCUCGUGUCCCCGGACCCCGGACCCCGGUGCCGGCAUGGCGCGCGUGGCCGAUUCCAAGCGGCAUCUGCUGGCCGUCUACACCGGCGGCACCAUCGGCAUGCUGAUGGAGGGCGGAGUGCUCGUCCCUGGAAAGGGCCUGGCUGCCGCGCUGAGGAUGCUGCCCAUGUUCCACGACAAGGCAUAUGCCCGGGACCACAGCCUCCCCCAAGACACGCUGGCCCUGCCCCCCACCAGCUCGGGCCAGAGGAUCAUCUACACAGUGCUGGAGUGCCAGCCCCUCUUCGACUCCAGCGACAUGGCCAUCCCCGAGUGGGUUCAGGUCGCCGAGACCAUCCAGAAACACUAUGAGCAGUACCACGCCUUUGUGGUCAUCCACGGCACGGACACCAUGGCCUUCGCGGCCUCUGUGCUGUCCUUCAUGCUGGAGAACCUGCAGAAGCCCGUCAUUCUCACCGGCGCCCAGGUGCCCAUCCAUGCGCUGUGGAAUGAUGGUCGUGAGAACCUACUGGGGGCCCUCCUCAUGGCUGGACAGUACAUCAUCCCUGAGGUCUGCCUGUUCUUCCAGAACCAGCUCUUCCGGGGCAACAGGACCACCAAGGUGGACGCGCGGAAGUUUGAGGCUUUCUGCUCCCCCAACCUCCCCCCGCUGGCCGUCAUGGGCGCGGACGUCACCCUCAACGCGGAGCUGGUGCGGAGGGCCGGCGGCAAAGGCCCGCUGCGCGUGCACAGCUGCAUGGAGCAGAAGGUGGCCCUGCUGCGCCUCUACCCUGGGAUCUCCGCCUCCAUGGUCCGGGCCGUCGUGCAGCCCCCACUGAAGGGCCUGGUCAUGGAGACCUUUGGGGCCGGGAACGGUCCCACCAAGGAGGACCUGCUGCAGGAGCUCCGCGCGGCCGGGGAGCGCGGCCUGCUCAUCGUCAACUGCACCCAGUGCCUCAGGGGGACCGUGACCUCAGACUACGCAUCGGGCCUGGACAGGGCGGGAGCCGGCAUCGUCUCGGGCUUUGACAUGACAGCAGAGGCCGCGCUGGCCAAGCUGUCCUACGUGCUGGGGCAGCCAGGGCUGAGCCUGGAGGACAGGAAGAAGCUGCUGGUCAAGGACCUUCGAGGGGAGAUGACUCUGCCGAUGCGGGAUGAGUGCGGGUCCCCGCCGCAGGACCGCACGCUGGCCUGCAGAGUGGACUGGCUGCUCGGGCUCGGCGGUGGCCAGGAGGCCGACGCCAUGCGGGCCACCCUGGCGCCCAGCCUGGCCCUGGCUGCAGCCCAUGCUGGUGACCUGAAGGCCCUGCAGGAUCUGCUGGAGCUGGACGGAGACUUGAGCCUGAAGGAUCCUAAGGGCCAGACGCCGCUGCACAUGGCCGCGCGGAGGGGCCAUGAGGCUGUGGUCGCCAUGCUGCUGCAGAGAGGCAGGGACAUGAACGCCCUGGACGAGGACGGGCACAGCCCGCUGCUGCUGGCUGUGAGGGGCAGGCAUCUGAGGGUCAUCCAACGUCUGCGGGCGGCUGGGGCCCAGCUGUCCUCCCAGGACCUGGAGGAUGUGGGGACGGAGCUGUGCCGGCUGGCAUCCAAGGCAGACUGCACUGGCCUGCAGGCCUGGUGGCAGGCGGGGGCCGACCUGACACAGCCCGGGUACAACGGGCACACUGCCCUGCAGGUCGCGGAAGCAGCAGGGAAGCCCGACGUGGUGGCCCUUCUCCAGAGCCUGAAGGACAACCGCGAAGUACAGCCUGAUGUCUAACCGGAGGUCACCCUGCUGCAGUGGGCACUAUUUCUUCUUGCUGAGACCAGCUGGAGGGAACUCAGGAGCCCACCCGCCCUCUGGCUGAUGCCCCUCCCUCCCUCUGACUGAUUGCCCCCCCCCAGAUGGAUUGAUCCCCCCUGACUGAUUCCCCCCAGACAGAUGCCCCCCCCAGGACUGCUUCCUGUCAAGCCUGAUGGUGGUUGCUGGGCAAGAUAGCAAUAAAGUGGGCGGCUCACCUGCGUGCUCCCCGAGCCGGCUGGA